AUGCCGACACUGUACUGUGGUGACCAUUAUGUUUAUGUUUACGUUUCUUUCUCUUUAAAAACAAUACCUUCUUUUAGUUUCUUUGAUUCUAAAAGUUUGCAUGGGUCUAUAGGCCUUCCUACCGAGUUGAUUGAAGAUUCUAAAUUUGUCCCUUUGACUGCUGAAGAUCCUCAAUAUGGUCCACCAGCUUUAUUGUUGUUGGGCUUUAAAGUGGAGGAGGCAGCAAAGAUACAGCAACUUUUGAAAGGCAUGGAUGGUGAAUUCCUAGAGGUUAUCUUCUGUACUGAAGACAUGAUUACUCGCUCGCUGUGGGAGGCAGUUAAUACAAAGCAGCCCAAUUUGGAUACUGUGAAGAUUGCAAAUUCGGUGCCACGAAUAUGUUUCUUAUCUGGUCUUAUGGGGGAAGAAAUGAUGAUGUUCGUUGACGCUUUUCCUGAAAUUGGAUUAGAACCUGCUGUAUUUGCAGCUCUUGUUCCCAACAGCGCUGAUAAACCGCUACAAGAGUUGCUUGAGGAGAAUAUGGGAGACCAUGAAAUGCUUUCUGCAAAGCGAUCAGGCUAGGCAUUGCCAAAUGCAGAAUAGAGAUUUGGAGGAUCAAGAAUUGAAUGACCAAUCACGAUAUUGUCUGUAUGUGCCAGUAGUUCUAGCUUGACCUCAUCCGCACGGUUACAUUCUAUUUUCGGAGUCAAAUUAUUGCCGAAGAUGACCACUGUUUUUUUUCUCCCUUGUUCUCUCAAUAAUUAUCGAGUGUAGUAGGGAAAGAGAAGGAUAUACAAACAAGCUUAUGUGUUUUUGUAUAUCAAUAAAAGUGCACCCAUCGAUUUAGGUCUUGUGACUGUCUCUUUCUUGUUCUGUUCUUCUCUUGGCUGGAAAAAAUAAUUCUCGUUGUACAGAAUAAAAGAAAAA